UACAAGAAACACUAGAUUGUACACAAAAUUUGUGUACAUAAAAAAACCUAAUUAAUUCCAAAUUUUAAAUGUUAGCAAAGCUUUUAACCGUGGGUUUAAUGGAGAGUGGAGAGGCGUGUGAACAAGAAAAUGAGGGUGGCAGAAGAAGACCAGACUGAUUAAACGAGGACAAGUCAAACAAACGUUUUAGGGCUUUGGCCGUUGGUGAGGUUCUGGAAGAGGAGAGGUUCUCGUGAAAGACAAACCAAACAAAUGACAAAUAUUCAAAAUGUUCACAUCUUUGUGUUCUGAUCUGGUUUGGUUGUUGUGGCUCGGUUUAUUACACAAUUAUCUUAGAAUCAUUCAAGAACCACUGCUAUUUUCCAAGGGUUUAAGAAGCCAAAGAAAGCUCUUUUCUUGGAGGAAAGACCGAAAGAGAAGCAGAGAGAGAGAGAGAAAGAUUGAUCAAAUUCAUGGGUUCUUGUUUCAGUGUCAGAAUUAAGGCAGAGAGCCCUCUCCAUACUGGAGCUAAAGAGUUGAGCAAAAGACUUUCGUUUGCCUCGGCCCCAAUGACCCCUAGGAAAGAGAGUGAUAUUCUGGACUCAUCGAAUCUUAAGAACUUUACUUUCAAUGAACUCAAAAUAGCCACCAGAAACUUCCGGCCCGAUAGUGUGUUGGGGGAAGGAGGUUUCGGUUGUGUCUUCAAGGGAUGGAUUGACGAGAAUACGUUCAAGGCAGCCAGGCCCGGGACUGGAUUGAUAAUAGCCGUGAAGAGACUGAAUCAAGAAGGCCUUCAAGGUCACAAGGAAUGGCUGACAGAGAUUACUUACCUCGGGCAGCUAUCCCAUCCCAAUCUCGUGAAGUUGAUAGGUUACUGCUUAGAGGAUGACCACCGAAUUCUGGUGUAUGAGUUCAUGCCUCGGGGAAGUUUGGAGAAUCAUCUGUUCAGAAGGAGUUCUUACUUUCAACCGCUAUCUUGGAAUCUUAGAAUGAAGGUUGCUCUUGGCGCAGCCAAGGGACUUGCAUAUCUUCACGGCCCCGAGGCAAAAGUUAUAUAUCGUGAUUUCAAAUCGUCUAACGUUUUGAUCGACUCUAACUACAACGCAAAACUUUCUGAUUUUGGAUUGGCUAAGGAUGGGCCUAUCGAAGGAGAAAGUCACGUCUCUACGAGAAUUAUGGGUACAUAUGGCUAUGCAGCUCCCGAGUAUAUGGCCACAGGUCACUUGACUCCAAGUAGCGAUGUGUAUAGUUUCGGGGUCGUGCUUCUAGAAAUGCUGACGGGCCGUCGAGUAGUGGACACAAACCGACCCAAUGGGGAACAAAACCUCAUUGACUGGGCUAAGCCUUACCUCGCCAGCAACCGCAAAAUCCUCCGAGUCAUGGAUCCUCGUAUCCAAGGGCAGUACUCGUUGAGUGGAGCGCUCCGAGUAGCACUCCUCGCAGUGAAAUGCAUAACGCCCGACCCCAAAUCAAGGCCUGACAUGAACGAGGUGGUAGCGGAGCUUGAAAAGCUUCAAGACUCGAAUGGCAGCAGCACAGCGAGUCCCAAACAGGAAGCGAUCAAGAACCAUCAGAGAUCCCGCGCCAUUGAAGAAGCUUCAAGGAAUGGCAGCACAGAGAGUCUCAAACAGGAAGUGAUCGAGAAUCACCAGAGAUCCCGCGCCAUUGAAGAAGCUUCGAGUAGAAACAAGGAAGACUCGAAUGGCAGCAUAGAGAAUCUCAAACAGGAAGCGAUCGAGAACCCUCAGAGAUCCUGCGCCAUUGAAGAAGCUUCAAGAGGAAACAAUGCUGCUUGUGCAACAACCUCUGCUUCUGCCAUUGUUGCAUGAACACUGAGAAUCAACACAUCUUAUUAUACUGUAUACAUUAGCUUAUAGAGAAGAACAUGCCCACAGUUUAUCAUUUCAGGAUCUUGGACCUGUAUUAGACUAAUCUACCGUUAGUUUUGUACAGUUCUUUGCUGUAUUUUGUGCACACCAAAAAAAAAAAGUAAAAAAGAGUUCGAUGUUUUCUUCAAACACUAACAUUAAAUAGGCUCUGUAUCAUUUCAAAUUUUCAAUUGAGGUAAAUUCCACAGUAUUGUGAUUGUAGGACUUUAAA